AUGCAAAACUUUCAAGAAACACACAUGAACAAAGCUGAUGAGCCUGAAGAAAGCAGCUGGACCUAUUACUUUGAUGAGUUUGUAUGUAAAAAUGAUCAUGAUAUUAUCAUGAGUAGUAGUAAUGAAACCUUAAAUUCUUUGAUACCCGAUGCUACCUCAGCGGUCGUCAAGAAGACCUCCUGUUUUCGGGAUGAUCAACUUAAAAGAUUAAGUUUCAAGAAGAGGAAAACUGAAGGAGUGGUAAUUGAUGAUUCUUUAGAAGACACUGCUAGCUCUCCUUUAAGCAGUCCAAAGGUCACUUAUUUCAAUCAAGUGAAGAUCAAGAACAAGAAAACCUUACACGCCUCAGAGGAAAAGGUUGGCAAAAUUGAAGAACAAAACAAGAGAAAGGCUAUUUCAAAUUUGGAGUUGAAGAAAAGAGGGCUGUGUUUAGUACCUUUGUCUGCAUUGGCAAAUUAUCUUCCUUGA